UUACAUCGGUUCGGUUGGGUGGGGUUCUCUAACUUCAGAAUUAAGGGGGAAAGUCGAAGGAGGAAAAAGAGAACUUGCAGGGAGUCCCUUGUUAGCCUUUUAUUUUCGGUGAAAUUUUGAAGUGUUCGUACUGGAGGGCAAGCGAGAAUGGAGGAUGAAUCUACGCGAGCAAUUAGGCUUAUGAAUUUCGUCUCCGAGGAACAGUUAGAUGAAGCCAAGAAAACAAGGGGCGAACGAGUUGAGGAUGGCACUGCUCAAAGAGACAGACCCCUCUUCGAGAUUUUAAAGGAAAAUAAAGACAAGCGGGAUGCUGAAUUUAAUGAGCGGUUCAAGCACAGACCACCAAAGGCUCUGGACGAGGAUGAGACAGAAUUUCUGGAUAAAUUGGAAAUGUCAAAGAGAGAACAUGAAAGGCAAAUGGCUGAUGCAGAAGAACAAGAGCUCCGCAGUUUUCAAGCAGCAGUAGCAGCACAAUCUAUUUUGUUGAAUGAAGUGAGGGAAAUAACCGCCCCUGCUCCAGCAGCUCAGGAAAAGGCAUCAGUUAGGAGAGAGACUCUGGUCAUUCGACCCCCGAGUAUGAUUAUUAGAGUAAAGCCACAGGCAAAGAAAGCAAGGAUCGAACCUAGAAACCCAGAAAAAGCUGGUAGCACCACUGAUACCAAUAGUGAUACCAAAGCAGACGAGCCUCCAGAAUCAGCAAAAACACUUGAUACCAAUAGUGAUAGGCCGCUUGAAGCUGCUGCUAUAACAGGACUAGUUUCAUAUAGUGAUGAAAGUGAAGAAGAUUAGACAAAUGAGUUGGCUAUUAGAAUUUCCGAAACAAUCACCAUAUUGUAUUUAAUUUUUUGUGUUGAGGUUCUGAAAUGAUGAAUCUUUUUCUGUAGCAUGUCAACUUUGAUUAUAUAUGUACAUCUUCUAACCAAAUAUUUAGACAAUCCUCAAGGUUGAUUUUUUAAUAAAUAUUUAGAGGCUGGAUUUCCAUUGUGGUUAA